AAAAAUUUUACUUUGCAAGAAUGCAUGUAAUACCAUAAGUCUGAAACAGUGCUUUCAAAUAAAUUUAACAAUACAUCAUUUAAUUUGCAGAAAUGUAAACAUUAGCAAACAUGCAAGUUGCAGUAUGUUUCAGCAGUAUGAUAUAUUCCAGAUUUUCUUUGUGUGUGUUUUUUUAAAUAAUGAAUUAAACUGGGUGAUAAGAGCAAUAGGUUUCACAGAAACUAAAGAGGUGAGGCAGCACCAUGUGAAAUUCUGCAAAGGGAUUAAGAUUUGGCACUGCACUCCUUUUCUCUGCAGGCUCUUAGGCAUAGCCUCUGUAGACGAGAACAGACUGUCAUCUUGUAUAGCCGAAUGCUAUUUGCUUGUUUUGGAUGUUUGUUUUAUUCCAGUUUCCAUUCUAUUGCGUUGUUUUUAUAAAUUGUUUGACUUUGGCUACACCACUAUGGCUACCCCUCUCAGAUCUACUGACAAAGGGAUCUUUGAUGAAGUAGAGUUUCUUAGUUUUAAAGAUGAUGAUGAUGGUAUCUCCAAAGCAUUGAUCUACAAUGCAGUGAAAGAGGAAGAGGGGGCAGAAGAUACUUAUGAAUAUUGUCUCCAUCCUCUGAGAGAGCUUCCAACAGUAGAUGCAGAUUACAGAUGCAAAAAUAUUUCUUUCGUAAAACCAUGUGUAGAAAGUGCUUGCUCUGAGUAUCGUGCCACUUUACAAAGGACAUCACUCUCUAACUUUGUCACUGGUGCUCUACUAGAAGCAACAACAUCACUGGGAGCAAGAAGUGGUCUUAUAAAUAUCUUUGGAGGGUCAGCUGGAAGAACAAUGCUUAAAGAACGUCAACCGUGCACAUCUAUGGCUGGUUCAAAUGCACUCCUCUCCAAUGUAGCUGGUAUCAGUAAAGAGCUAGCAGAACUUCAGUACCUCAUUCAGUUCCCAGAGGAGGUUGCCAGUAUUCUGACUGAACAAGAACAGGAUCUCUACCGAAAGGUCUUGCCCAUUGACUAUCUCUGCUUCUUAACCAGGGAUUUGGGUAACGCUGAAUGUCAGAGCAAACUUCCAUGCAUUAAAGCUUCCAUAUCUGCGACCAUUCUUUCCUCCCAAAAUGGUGAACACAAUGUUAUUGAAGAUCUUGUGGCAAGAUUUAAUGAGGUGAGCUCAUGGGUUACAUGGCUGAUCCUUACUGCCGGCUCUAUGGAGGAGAAACGAGAAGUCUUCUCAUAUUUAGUACAUGUGGCAAAAUGCUGCUGGAACAUGGGAAACUACAAUGCUGUAAUGGAAUUCUUGGCGGGGCUUAGGUCUAGAAAAGUUUUAAAAAUGUGGCAGUUCAUGGAUCAGUCUGAUAUUGAAACCAUGCGAAGUCUGAAGGAUGCUAUGGCGCAACAUGAAUCAUCCUCUGAAUACCGAAAAGUUGUAAAUCGUGCCCUGAAUAUUCCAGGCUGUAAAGUAGUUCCAUUCUGUGGUGUAUUUUUAAAGGAACUUUGUGAAGUACUAGAUGGAGCAGCAAGCCUUAUCAGACUUUGCCCACAGUAUAAUUCCCAGGAUGAAACAUUAGAGUUUAUUUCAGAUUACAAUGGGCAAGAUAAUUUCUUGCAACGAGUAGGCUACGAUGGUUUAAAUAAUUCAGAAAAAGAAUCAACAGCAAACAGCAUCUUUCAAACCAUUCGGAGCUGUAGCCGCAGUUUGGAAUCUGAAGAUGGAGAAGACAAUUUUAGUGAAGGAGGCAAUUCAAGAAAAAACUCACUGAAGGAUAAAAACCGAUACCAGUUUAUAAUUGGAGAUCUCUCAGAUUCAGAAAGUGACAUAUCUGAGCAGUCAAAAGAAUGGGACACAAAUACGACUGAAGAGCAGCAAAAGGCCUACAGUCAUGGAAUAGAACUCAUUCCUUGGUAUAUCUUAUCAAUCAGAGCUGAUGUCCAUCAGUUCAUGCUUCAAGGGGCAACUGUCAUACAUUAUGACCAAGAGAUGCAUCUCUCGGCACGCUGUUUUCUUCAGCUGCAACCUGACAAUAGUACUUUGACAUGGAUAAAACCCACCACAACUUGCCCUGCAAAUACUAAAGUAAAACUGGGUGUGUUAAGUAGCACUGCUGAGCUUGGUAAAUUUCAGUUUCUUGGCAGUACUGGAUUGAAUGGACUGGUGGAAGGUUUUUUGGAUUUGUUUUCAGCAAAGGCUGUGUACAUGGGACACCCUGGCAUUGAUUUGCACACUGUGUGUGUUCAAAAUAAACUUUGUAGUAUGUCCCUUGAAGAGAAUGGUGUAACACUGCUAUAUGGACUUCAGACUACUGAUAAUAAGUUGCUGCAUUUUGUGGCUCCAAAAUAUACUGCCAAAAUGCUGUAUGAUGGAUUGCUGGAAUUAACAAAAGCUGUAAGAAAAAUGAGGAAAUUCCCUGAUCAGAGAUUGCAAUGGCUACGGAAACAGUAUGUUUGCCUUUAUCAGGAGGAUGGCAGAUUUGAAGGCCCAACUUUGGCCCAGGCUGUUGAACUGUUUGGAGGCAGACGCUGGAGUGCCAGGAAUACAAGCACAGGAGCCCUGAUCAAAAGCACAGAGAAACCCAGUGUGCAGAGAAACAACACUCUAGGAAUAAACACAGCCAAGAAAAAGAAGAAAGUCAUCAUGAGGGGCGAAAGUGGAGAUGCUACUGAUGAUGAGAUGGCAACUCGUAAGACAAAAAGUUAUAAAGAAUAUCGUAAUAGAAGUGGUUCAGAUCCUCAAGACAUUGAUGAACAAGAAGAAUCAGAUCAGAAUAUAGUGAUUAGCCCCUCUCUCUCUAACACUCUACCAUCUAGAAGAGCUCAUUCUCUGACUACAUCUGGAUCCCCUACCUUAGCAGCCGGGGCUUCUGCACCAAUCAGACCAGUUUCCUCUCCUGUAAUGUCACCUUCAAGCAAGAACCAAUCUAGUACUUGGAGCAGCAGUAGCUGGCAUGGCCGAGUCAAAGGAGGAUUGAAGGGUUUUCAGAGCUUUAUGGUUUCUGAUAGUAAUAUGAGUUUUGUUGAGUUUGUAGAGCUCUUCAAAUCUUUCAGUGUUCGAAGCCGCAAGGAUCUUAAAGACCUCUUUGAUGUCUAUGCUGUACCCUGCAAUCGAUCAGGAUCUGAUUCUACUCCACUUUAUACUAAUCUGAAAAUUGAUGAGAACACCAGUGGACUCCAACCUGAUUUAGAUUUAUUGACCAGGAAUGUUUCAGAUCUGGGUUUGUUCAUUAAGAGUAGACAGCAGCUAUCAGAAAACCAGAGACAGAUAUCUGAUGCCAUUGCUGCGGCUAGUAUUGUAACUAAUGGAACUGGAGUGGAAAGCACAUCACUAGGAAUAUUUGGAGUGGGCAUCCAGCAACUCAAUGACUUCUUAGUGAAUUGCCAAGGUGAACACUGCACCUAUGAUGAAAUCCUCAGUAUUAUCCAGAAAUUUGAACCCAGUGUCACUAUGUGCCAGCAGGGGCUACUAUCAUUUGAAGGAUUUGCAAGGUUUUUGAUGGACAAAGACAAUUUUGCUUCAAAAAAUGAUGAGUCACAAGAGAAUGCUGAAGAGUUGCAACUACCACUAUCAUAUUAUUACAUUGAGUCUUCACACAAUACUUACCUCACAGGCCAUCAGCUUAAAGGAGAAUCCUCAGUAGAGCUUUACAGCCAGGUUCUCUUACAAGGCUGUAGGAGUGUGGAAUUAGACUGCUGGGAUGGCGAUGAUGGGAUGCCUAUCAUUUAUCAUGGACAUACUCUCACUACUAAGAUCCCUUUUAAGGAUGUAGUUGAAGCUAUUGAUCGCAGUGCCUUUAUCACCUCUGAUAUGCCAAUCAUCAUAUCUAUAGAAAAUCACUGUUCAUUGCCACAGCAACGCAAGAUGGCUGAAAUUUUUAAGAAUGUAUUUGGAGAUAAACUGGUAACUAAGUUUUUAUUUGAGAGUGACUUCUCUGAUGAUCCAAUGCUCCCUUCACCGGACCAAUUGAGGAGAAAAGUGCUUUUGAAAAACAAAAAACUCAAAGCCCAUCAAACUCCAGUGGAUAUUUUAAAACAAAAGGCUCACCAGCUGGCAUACAUGCAAGCCCAGGCCAGUAAUGGUGGCAAUGCUGGUAACCCUGCCACUAAUAAUGAAGAGGAGGAGGAUGAAGAGGAUGAAUAUGAUUAUGACUAUGAAUCUCUUUCUGAUGAUAACAUUCUGGAAGACCGACCUGAGAAUAAAUCAUCCAGUGAUAAACUGCAAUUUGAAUAUAAUGAAGAAACUGCCAAGAGAAUUAAGAAGACUGAUUGCAUUACUUACAACAAUAAAGGAAAGGUUUAUGACAUGGAACUGGGUGAAGAAUUUUAUCUUCCACAAAAUAAAAAAGAAAGUAGACAGAUAGCACCCGAACUCUCAGAUCUUGUUAUCUAUUGCCAAGCUGUGAAAUUUCCUGGCUUGUCAACACUGAACCCAUCUGGCUCUAGCAGAGGAAAGGAAAGAAAAAGCAGGAAGUCCAUUUUUGGCAACAAUCCUGGCAGACUAAGCCCUGGGGAACCAGCAACACUUGCCAAGGCAUCUGGAAAAGGUCCUUUUGAGAGUGCUCGGCAAACCUGGGAAGAACUUUGUUCUCCUCCUUUCAACCCUACUACUUCUCUCAGUGCUAUCAUAAGGACGCCUAAGUGCUAUCAUAUCUCUUCACUGAAUGAGAAUGCUGCCAAACGUCUGUGCAGACGGUAUUCUCAGAAACUGAUUGAGCAUACCACCUGUCAGCUGUUGAGAACAUAUCCUGCUGCCACACGCAUUGAUUCUUCAAACCCCCAUCCUCUUAUAUUCUGGCUCCAUGGAAUACAGCUAGUGGCUGUUAACUACCAAACUGAUGAUCUCCCUUUGCAUCUUAAUGAAGCAAUGUUUGAGGCGAAUGGCGGCUGUGGGUAUGUUUUGAAACCUCCAGUUCUGUGGGACAAGAACUGUGCAAUGUACCAGCAAUUUUCUCCAUUAGACCGAGAUCUGUACAAUGUGGAGCCAGCUAUAUAUUCUUUAACAAUUGUGUCUGGACAAAAUGUUUGUCCUAGCAACAGCACAGGAAGUCCAUGCAUUGAAGUUGAUGUACUUGGGAUGUCUCUGGAUAGCUGCCAUUUCCGCACAAAACCCAUUCAUCGCAAUACUCUCAACCCCAUGUGGAAUGAACAGUUUCUCUACAGGGUUCAUUUUGAGGAUCUAGUCUUUCUUAGAUUUGCAGUUGUUGAAAACAACAGUUCAGCUGUAACUGCUCAAAGGAUCAUUCCAUUAAAGGCUCUAAAAAGAGGGUAUAGACAUCUCCAGCUACAAAACUUACACAAUGAAGCCUUAGAAAUCUCAAGUUUAUUCAUAAAUAGUCGGAGGAUGGAAGAAAAUCCCCCUGGGAAUGUUGUGCCUACUUCUUUGCUGUUUAGCACAGAGGAGAGAAGAGCCUCAAUAUCGUACAAGGUCACAAUACAUGGAAUUCCAGGCCCUGAACCCUUUACUGUUUUCACUGUAAGUGAAGAGACUACAGCAGCACAGCUUCUUCAUCAAAUUUUGGCUACCACAAAAAGCACUGAAUCCUGUACUCUAGAUUAUUUUCUGAUGGAGGAAAAAUGUUUUAUAUCCAAAGAAAAGACUGAGUUCAGGAAACCGCCAUUCCAGAGAGUGAUUGGUCCUGAGGAAGGGUUAGUGCAGCUUUUGAACAGCUGGUUCCCAGAAGAAGGAUAUGUUGGAAGAAUUAUCUUUAAAACCCAAGAGGAAAAUUUGAGUGAGAGAAACUUUUUUCAAGAAGAGAAAGAAGAUGCAAAUUUUAUCUCUGAAGAUGACAGCUUCUUUGUUCAAGUGCAUGAUGUUUCCCCAGAGCAGCCUCGCACAGUCAUAAAAGCUCUGCGCUUUAGCACAGCACAGGAUGUCAUACAACAGACUCUUUGUAAAGCGAAGUAUUCCUACAGCAUUCUAAGCAAUCCUAACCCAAAUGAUUACGUCCUCUUGGAGGAGGUGACCAAAGAGCUAACGAACAAAAAGUCUUCAACAGCUAAACCAUCACAGAGAAUUCUCUCUGAUCAUGAGUGCGUAUUUCAGGCUCAAAGCAAGUGGAAGGGAGCAGGAAAGUUUAUCCUUAAACUUAAAGAACAGGUUCAGGCAGCACGAGAUGAUAAAAGAAAAGGCAUUUCAUUUGCCAGUGAACUUAAAAAGUUAACCAAGUCAAGUAGACAGUAUCGGGGCUUCACAUCAUCACCUUUGCAGAGCUCACCAGACAAUACCCAGACUAAAGAUGAAAAACCUGCAGGACAAUAUGACAGUAUGGAAUAAUAUCCGUAACUACCAGAAGUAUGUUUAUGCAGGUUACUUAAAGACCCUAAAUGGCAAAGGAAAAAACCAAACACAGGCAGGCAAAAACAGGGAGACACGGAUUUCAUCUUUCCACAUAGCCUUGCAUAACUGGAACCAACAUCUCAAAUACCUGAUUUAAGAUACCUUUUUGGAAUGUCCAUGAAGGAAACUGCUGAGGCCUAAACUAUUCAGCACUAGCUUUGCCUAAUCCAGACUGUGCUUCUUGAUGACGGACACAGAUCUGGUAAUGCUGAGUGGGAUGUUAGUUUCUAAUUGUUGGAAAGAUGCUUGCCAGCAUUUGAGAGAUUCCUAAGCAGACUUCUUAAAUUGUAUUUUGUAAACAGAAACAUGCCUUUUUUAUUAAACAAAAGAUAUUUUAACUAAUUGCUUUAAGGGAAGAGAGUUAGCAUUAAAGUGUUCUGUGUAUUAUAUGAAAAUAAUGAACCUUUAAUGGUUCCUGUUUAACACUGUUAGGUGAUUGUAAAAAUGUAUUUACAUAUAAUGUAACUUUCUUGGCAUCACAGAUUUAAAUUUGGUGAUAUACUUAAAAUGCUUACUAUAGUUAUUUAUGGAUUAUCUACUUUCAUAAAAUAAUCAUGUACAAAUAGCUAAAUACACCUAACUGAUAGUGAUAUUUUGACCAGGAACAACAUUUUCUUCAUCUAAAUUCUAGUUUUGAAGACUUGAGUUUCAAGUAAAAAUGAUUAUUUAUUUUCAUGUUCCAAGGUCUGUACCAGCGUGUAAUAUAUUUAUCAUACCUUACUUUUUAAACACUGCAGAUUCUUUUGGGGGGGAGGCAAACAUAGUAAUUAUUUUCUGUUUGAAAAGAAACAUUCAAAAAAAGUAACUAUUUGAAAUUGACCAAAAUAUAAUGGUGUUUGAAAAUUGUUAUUGCUUAAUGUUUCAAUUGUGAAAUCAGGGUAAAGUAAUUUCUCUACAUUACAGUGGUUGUUAGAUGACUAUAAAAUUUAGAUCGAGAAUGAAAAAUAUUGUAAAUAAGAAAAUGAUUUUCCUCUUAUACUCAUUGUGUAAAGAACCCAGGCUACUCAAUUCAUUUUCCAAUAUAAACCUUAACUUUUUGUUUAUGUAGAAGCACUGCUGUAAACUUUUGUAUAUGUUUGAAAUAACGAUCUCUUGAUAUUUUUAAGAAGUGUUAAUAAUAGCUAUAUCAUCUUCUCCAGGCUGAGUCAAAACAUGCAAAGUGUUUAUUAGUAAAAAGAAGUUCACACUAACUUAUACAAAGUAAGGGCACAACUGAAACAACUGCUGAGGUCACCCAUCCUUUGAUGUUCAUACAUAAGACCCUUGUCUUAUAUCUAAAGUGCUCGGCCCAACCUUUGGCUACACUUCAGACAAUAAGUCUGAUGUAGAAUUGUCAAAUCAAGUUAACUAAAUUAAAAGGACAGUCAAGAGAAGAAAGGCUCCAUUAAAACAAUCUGAAACUGAAUGAAAUGCAGGGAGACUAUUCAGGCAGUCUGAUUAGCUAAUACACAGGAGUAUUCUCUGUGCUGGAGAGUAUACGGUCAAUGAAAUACCAUCUAGCACAAACUGCUGCUGUUUCUAAGACAGACAUUACAGAUAGAUAUAGAUUUUCACAAAAUUACAAUCUAACCAAGGCAUUGUGAUUGCUGCCUCCACGAAAUAAACGUAAAAUUAAAAGAAAACAACUUAUGGCUUUGCUUUCUAAGUGUGGAGACACUAUGCUGCCUUUAAGUAAAAGCAGCUGUCACUCUUCUGUGGGCAGGAAGUGCCCUCAUCAGGCUGAUUCCAAAAUAAGAAAAAAAUUAAACUGCACAUCCAAAACUCACCCAAUAGUCAUUCACUGGCCAGUCAAAAUAUUGAACCCAUGAACUUACAUUCUUAUUUUGAAAUUCACCUGUCUUUAUCCCACUUUAAAAAUCAGUAACCAUACCAGCUAAUCCUCUUACUGUUUUAAAUUCUGAAAAAUGAGCAGUAUUUUCAAGCAUUGCUAUGUCAUUUAUUUAAACAUGGUUUUUAGAUUACUGAUGAGUUUGAAAAGUGAGUAGGCAUGUAAAAGCCACUUUUUUUUACAGAACACAUGAGCGUAAGCUGCUUAGGUUUUUAUGAAAAUCCUGUUUUUUGAAAAUGGGAUUUAGACCUCUAAAUUACUUCAGAUUUUAGGUCAAAUUUUCCAGGAAUGUUUAAGUCUCCUCCUGUUUAUGAUGAGCAAAAAAGCUCUUUGGAAUUCCUUAUCAUGCUCUUCUAUCUAGUCCUUCCAUAUCUAAUUCUAAAGUAACCAGACCUAGUAACCAGUGAGAGGGGUACAGAAAAUUCAGUUUCUGUGGCACAUAAUGCAGAACUGAUAUUUAUGUUAAAUUACAAGAUCUUGUAUAAACUUAAAAAACAACAAAUAGUCUGGUAGCAUUUUAAAGACUAAUACAACAUGUAGAUGGCUAGAUUGUUAGUCUUUAAAGUGCUACCAGACUAUUUGUUGUUUUUUAAGUUUAACCUGUACAGACUAACUCAGCUAUCCCUCUGAAGCUUAAGAUCUUAUAUAUGUGCAUUACCCCUUCAAGUAAUAUUUGCAUCAAUAGUAUUUAACUACUGUAUAUCUUCCAUGCAACCUUUGGAUGAAAGUCUGAUCCCCUUUUUAAAAAAGUUCUUUAUAUAAAGAUUUUGUUAUAGAAUGUGAAAUUGCCAGAGUUUAGAAUAUUGGUUGUUAAAUGCACUUGAAAAUACCCGUGCUUUUGAUGAACAGAUUCUGCCUAAUUUCAGUAGCACUGAUUGUAAGGUGGUUGGUUCCUGCCAAGUUUGGGCACCAGUGUUAAGUACAGUUUUGGGAAAAACGUGUAAAUCUACUACAGAUCCAGCAGAGGGAGAGCUCUCGUGUGUAUGCCACAAACAAUUUUAUUUCUUACUGCUACUAGACUUGAAAGAAAAUUUAGAUGAGGUCAUCCUCAACAUCCUAGUUUAUAACAUGGUAAAAUAUGGCAUCCAUUAAAGAGCAACAAUUCUGCAUUAUUUGUGACAUACCCUCAUUGUGUAAUUGAAUAUGGUUUAGCAUAAGGACAGUUUUUCUUUGAUAGUUAUUUUAGCUUUGCCCAGCUGUUGUCAAUACUUACAGGCCACAGGAUAAAAUCUACUUCACACUGCUGUGAAAGCAAAGUGGUAACAAGAUAAUCUAGCAUUUUGCAUGCUCAGUUAAAAAAGGGCAGGGGAACCUUUUUUGGGUUGGGGGCCACUGACCCACAGAAAAAUCAGUCGAGGGCAACACACAAAAACAUCAUUUAUGUGGCGCCCGACUGAGAAGGAGAAGCACAUUCCCCUGAUAUACCAGAGCCUAGUGGAGUCCAGCCUUGUAGAUCUUGUGUGUGUUCCAGUACUGUCUGUGUGUGAGGUAGUGGAGGGACUGGAGCGCCAGCAUAAGCUCCCCAAUUCAGGGGGGGGCCUAAGCCUCAGGUGCUGGAUCCAGGCAGGUAAGGGGCUGCAUCCAGCCCCUGGGUCUGAGGUUCCCCACCCUGUGUUAAAAAAUCAUUUUAGGGAGGUGGGCAUGUUAAGAAUUUUCCCAGACUGAUUAUACUGAAUUAGGGUGGGGUUUUUUCCAUUAAUGUACAUCAAUUUAUUGAUGUUUUUAAAAAAUAGGGAGCCUGAUGAUUAAUCAACACAUUAUUUGUUGCAUUUCUGCAUUAGUUAAUUGCAUUCAUGUGGUUUUGGUCACAGACAAAGUAGAGGGAGCACACAAGCUUUUCAUUGGUCUAAAAAUUCCCAAAAAUAUAAGUUAGCUCUUUGCUAUGCAGCUUUCUGUUUUGGUAGCUUGCUUACAACACCAUAAACAGAUUUAACAUCAUGCUGUUUGUUUAAUUGGAAAAUUUGUCCUGCUUACUCACAGAUUUCCUUUCUUCAAAAAAACAAGUCCACAGAUACAUAUUAAUGGGCUAAUAGAGGGACAUUUGUGGUUCUGCUUGCAUCUGAAGUUCAGAUUGAAUGACAUCAUAUAGAUCUGUGGACCCAGGUUUGAAAAAGAAACAUUUUUAUUACAAAUUUAAUAGGAAAUAAUUUACCACUGCUCAGUAUAUAAUAUAAGCCUUCCUGAAAUCUACACAUGGUAACAGGACUCACCAUGGGCAGCCUAUUACCUGUUUUGCAAAGAAAACAUUUUAUUUUACACUAAACUGUUUUUUUUAAAGCUUCCUACCUAUGUCUGUGUUUGUUCUUAUGUAUAGUGAAUACAAAUAUCCAUGCUUGUAUGGGAUUGUCAUUGGAAGCCAUAAGUACUGGCUGUGCUGCAACACUCUUCAGCUUUCAGGAAAUAGAUUGUUGUAUAGGCUGCGUUCUAUCAAGUUUUAAGGAGAUAAAAUACACAAAAGUAAUAAGUCACAUUUUAAAAACAUACAUCACAUCUGGUUUUAGUUUUGACUAAUAUUACUUGGUAGAAUGUCUCAAUAAUAAUUGUUUGAAAUAAAAUUUACCUCUAGAGCAGGAGUGGGUAGAAUAGGGUCCACGGGCCUGAUCCAGCCUGCCAACCCCUUUGAUCUAGCCGGCAGGCGUUCCCCCCACCCCCAGGCAAAUCGAGACAUGGGAACAAGAAGUCUCCUCCCCCCCCCACCAGGGGCAGGCAGCCUA